GUCCGCCAUUAACAUCAUCUUAGCUUUGGAGUUGCAUCUCUCACAUCUCUCCAGGAAGCAUGGUGUCCCCAGAGAUGUCGACCUUGUCGCCCUUUGCAUCACUGAAGAAAUCGGUAGUUGUGGCCAUAGACAUGGCUGAUUAUCCCCAUGACCCGAAGAGUGUCAACGGCGUCAAUUUCUAUGCCUUGGAUGAUAAACAGAUUGAAGUUUUAGACACAAAGCCUCACAGUCCCACGGACUACUUCUUUGGAUACUGGUUCAAGUUAAAUCCAAGAAUGCGUCUUGAUCCCAUUGGACAUCUUGAACACCGCCAUGCAUCUGCUGGCGCCUGCUCUGGAAGUAGGAUCUACUGUGCUGGUGGUUUUGACAAAGCUUGCGUCGCGAGCCUCGGCCCCCUGGUGGUACUGAAAGGCACUUUGUUUGCUAUUGGAGGAGUAAACUCAACUGUCUGUUCCCCAACCUUUAGUAACUUUAUUGAGUAUUACGAAGAGGGAAAUAGCUGUUGGAUUCAAGUUGAAACUCCUCCUGGUUGUGUGAAUUUGUAUGAAUUUGUCUGUGGAGUCUGGGAGGAGCAUAAUCUGAUCGUGUUCGGGUCUGCAGAUUGUGCGUCUUUGGUAGUAUUGCGAGUGCAGUAUGGUGAUGAUGAUGAUGAGGCAGGUUGUUGUAGAAUUUUCCAGUUCCAAUGGUUCCAAUCUGUGGUUAGGUUUGAUGUUGAAUCGCAUGGUCAGUGUAUAGGAUCCGAGCCUGCAAUUGUUUCCAAGGGCCGGAUGAUGUGGUUGGACACGCGUGAUGGCACAACACUGGUGGUGCUAAACUGUUAUACUGGGGAGUAUUUUUGCCAUGACUUGGCUGAGCAAGGGGUGCUACCUAGCCCUAAAAGAGAUUAUCACACGGUCUUGGUUGCUUUGGAAGACGAGCAGAUAGGUCUGGUGUGGAGGGACCCGAAUUCCUAUGUGGUAGGAGAGACGAAAGAUCCAUCAGCAAUUCUGGAACUAAUACAAGUAUUCCCUGGUCCUGCUGACAUGUUUGAAGUUGUGAAAUCACAAGGGAUUUGCCAAUUGUCUUGGAAGACAGUGAGGGCGAAGAUUUUAAAUUUGGGGCUUAUUCAAGCUCCGAUUAUAAAGUCUUCCCAAGUCGUCAGAGUUGAUAGUUAGUUGUACAUGCAUGACAGUGAUGAUGAAAAUGCGAAAUGGGCAGCAAACUCUACGUGAAGCUACUAAUUAUGUUUCCAGAAACAACUUUAUUAUUGUUUAGCUCCUAUUUCUGUUUCCACAGACUUAAGUAAAACUUGUUGCAUUUG